UGAGUUGGUUUUGAGUGCGUGCACAGCUGAAAAAAUGUGUUCGUGCCGAUGAGGCAAACGUUUUUUUUCUCUAUCUCUCUCUCUUUUGUUUUUUUUCUUUGCUAUAUAAGACUGUGUGCAAGUACAUCAUGUACAAGGCAUUGCUUUGAAAAAAAGAAAACAAAACUUCUCUGACCGCAAUAAACUAACUGCCGCGUCGUGCACUCGGAAGAAGAACUCAAAAAAAGAACGCUAAAGUCAAACUGAGCAAAUGAGCAAAAUAAAUAUAUAGGAAUUUGAUCCUAAGACUCUAUUCAACAACAAAGCAAAACUUAAAAGCGUGUGGUUUAUAUAUAUAAAUAUUUUUUUUGUUGGUUAGCAUAUACAUAUAAAAAUAGAUAUAUAAGACAGAUGAUUAUAAUUGCAAACAAUUCUGAGUGAAGUUUGUGGCAUGUUAAGUGUGUUCGAUGCCAGUGCGGUUAAGUGUCGUCUAUGGCCGAGUCCGUUAAAAGUCAAACGCUCUCUGCAUUGACGGAGGGGCAACACGACGGUAGUACAAUAAUAACAGCAGCAACAGCAACAACUACAACAACAUCAGCGUCCCAUUCACAUCGGCGUUACAAUAAUAAUAAUAAUAAUAACAACAAUAACAACAACAACAAAAGCAAUAAUCAUAGUAACAAGAAACGCAACAAUACAACAACAGCAACAGCAGCGAGAACAACAAUUGCUGCUGCUCCUGCCACAUCCUCCGUCGCCACCGCCAUCGCCAACUCUGCCGCCGCACGUCGUUCACGUAGCAAGGGUCACAGCCUCACAACAGCAACAACAACAACUACAUCAGCAACAACAAACAACAAAACUAACAACAAUAAGAAAAACGCUGCCACUGAAACUGCACCACGACGCUCAACAGCAUUUGGUGGGUCGCCAAACGGCAAUAGCAGCAGCUGCAGCAACAUCGAUUGGUCCUUAUCGCCAGGCAGUCGCAAGCGCCAGCAUCAACUGCAUUACAACAACAUCAACAACAGCAACAGUCAAAAUCGUAGCAGCAGCCACUUUGCGCCGCCCGGUGGAGAUCAGUACGUGGAGCUAAGCUCGCAGCUAAUCAAGAAGCGACGCGUGCAGCAGCAGCAUCAUCUCCAUCUACAGACGUCAUCUAGUGAGGCAACAGCAAAGGGAGCAGGUGUAGGAGCAACUGCAUCGGUUGUUGCUGCAGGAGCAGGAGGAGGUGCCGCCGAGCCAGCGCAUAGUGUAUUGCAGCAGUGCACGACGCCGCUGCGUCAGCCAUCAGGUGGCGAUUGUGUGGCACAGCGUACACGCUCGAAAACUCUAUCGCCCGAGGAGCUGCCCAGCACCAGCAGCGCGGCAGCUGCCCGCCAAUACAACAACAGCAACAACGCUAAACAGCAGCAGACAAGUGAGUGCAGCAGCGGCAGCAAUUGCAGCAAUCACGUCAUUGGCGUGACGCCACAGCGCGGCGCAGCUGCCCGCGCAGCAGCAGCAGCAACAACAGCAACGGUACGUGGCAGCAGCAACAGUAGCAGCAGCAACAGCAGCAGCAAUUUGCUCAACUAUUACCGCAAAACGCGCAAAGUUAGCCACUCGCGCGCCAAACCAACAACAACAACAGCAACAAUUGCACCAGCAACUGCUGCAUGUCAACAGGAGAAUUUGGUCGGCAACAACAACAGCAGUAGCCCACGUCUGCUGGCCAGCAGCUCGGCGGUAAUUGCAGCCGCUGCAGCAAUCGACGCUGCCAACAACAGCAACAGCAGCAACACCAACAAUAAUAGCAAAAACAACAGCAACAGCAACGUUGUUCUCAAGCGUCUGGACAAGAAAAGCAAUAGCAACAACCACAACAACAAAUACACCAAAAAUCGAAAAAGUCUGCGCAAAUAUCAACAGCAACAACUGUUCGACAAAGUUCACGGUGAGAAGGACAACAGCAGCGGCGAAAUCAACGAGUUCAACGAGACAGAAACAGAGAACGGCUACGUCGUCAACUUGGACGCGGAGCAAAUAGCGCCGUCGUCGUCCGAGGCAGAGGCCCAGGCUAAUAAUAAAGUAGACGUCGUCGUCGCCGCCGGUGUUAAUAGUGCGGAGAAUCUGUUUGAGGCUGCCGGUGCCGAUAGCACAUCCGCCGACGAGGACGAGGAGCCGGAGCAGGAACAGGACGAGGACGAACAGGAGGAGGAAGUGGAUCCCGAAGAGGAGGAGGUGGGUUUCUACGAAAUAGUUAACUCGGCGGAUUCAUCAUACGAGGAGGACGCCCAAAUCGUUGCCGAAGAGGACGAACUCAGCGAAGAGGAGGACGUUGACGACGAGGAGGACGACGAUAUCGAAGAGGAUUUCGACGAGGAGGAAGAGGAUCUCUCAGAGGGUGAAUUCGCUGAGCAUAUUAUUGGUGAACUUGGUGAACUUGGGCCGCCGCAACAUUCACGUCCAGCGCCGCCGCCCAUUAUUUAUCAGCAGCCACGGUACGCAGCAGCAACAUUUGUUCCGCCACCAACACAACAGCAACAACAACAGUCACAACACACAGCAUACACGCAACAGCAGCAGCAGCAUUCUUCACUGCGCCGCAGUUCACGUGGCAAAACGGGUUCUUGUGUGAGUUCCGCAGCAGCCGCACAGCAGCAGCAACAACAACAACAGCAACAGCAUCAUCUGCAACAGCAACACCAACUGACAGCAGCUGUUGUUGUUGCGCCCGGCACGGCUGCUGCAGCUACACUACAACAACAGCAACAGGCGCCCAAUCAGUAUCAAUAUCAUCCGCAAUUGGGCGGCAACACGGUGGUUGUUGCCGUGCGCCAGCAACAACAGCAGCAGCAGCAGCACGCUGCUCUACAGCAACAGCACCAACAACUGCAUCAACAGGCGCUGCAACAACAGCAACAACAGCAUCAACAUCACCAACAGCAGCAACGCGCAACAAUUGUACAGCCGGGUUUUUUGUUCAACUACCGCGGAAGCAAUCAUAAUCAGCCAUCGCAGCAACACCAGCAGCAGCAACAACAACAGCAACAGUUGUCGCAACAGGCGACGCCCAAAGCGACGCCGCACAGCAGUGCAGCUUCGGAUGCUUUAACAUAUAGUUUGAUGGCACAACAGCAACAACAACAACAAGCGCCAAAUGGACCGCCGCAUGCAGGUGGACAGCAACUGACGACAGUUACCAAUUCGGCAAAUCUCAGCAUCGUUGCAGCCGCGUUGAGCGCCGCACGCGAAUCAGCGGGCAACGUUAACGUUAGCAGCGCCGUGGGCGCCAACAGCAGCAGCAACGCUAGCAGCGGCGGCGGCGGCGGCGGCAGCGGCAGCAGCAAUAGCAACAACAGUGCCACGGCUAGCGGCAGCAGCAGCAGCAAUGUAACAACAACAACAACAGCAGUAGCAGCAUCAGCAACAUCAGCGGCAGCUGCUCCACAAGCUCAGGCACAACAAGCACCAGCAGCCACAACCGGUGGAGGAACAACAACUGGCGCUGCUGCAGCUGCUGCUGCUGUCAAUGCUGCCGCUGCAGCCGCCGCCGCUGCAGCAGCCGCAGCAGCAGCAGCCGCGGAUUCAGAGAGCGAUGAUAGUGAAGUGGGACGACUGCAGGCGUUGCUCGAGGCACGCGGUCUGCCACCGCAUUUGUUUGGGGCACUCGGUCCGCGAAUGACGCACAUAUUGCAUCGGACGAUUGGCAACAGCAGCACCUCUAAAGCGAAUCAGCUUCUGCAGGGUCUGCAGUCGCACGAUGAGUCGCAACAGUUGCAGGCCGCCAUCGAGAUGUGCCAAAUGCUUGUCAUGGGCAAUGAGGAUACCCUCGCUGGCUUUCCCGUCAAGCAGGUGGUGCCGGCACUCAUUCAACUGUUGCGCAUGGAGCACAAUUUUGAUAUCAUGAACAAUGCAUGCCGUGCCUUGGCCUAUAUGCUGGAGGCAUUGCCACGGUCAGCGGGCACUGUGGUGGACGCUGUGCCGGUGUUCCUCGAGAAACUGCAGGUCAUCCAGUGCAUGGACGUUGCCGAACAGAGUCUGACCGCACUGGAGAUACUCUCGCGACGCCACAACAAGGCCAUCUUGCAGGCGAACGGCAUCAGCGCCUGUCUCACCUACCUUGACUUCUUCUCGAUUGUGGCCCAGCGUGCCGCUCUCUCGAUCACCGCCAACUGCUGCCAGAAUAUGCACGCCGAGGAGUUCCAUUUCGUGUCGGAGAGUCUGCCACAGCUGGCACGUCUGCUCUCACAGCAGGACAAGAAGUGUGUGGACAGCGUUUGCACGGCGUUCUGGCGUCUGGUCGAGAGCUUCCCGCAUGAUGGCAAGCGAUUGCAGCAGAUUGCGAGCGCUGAUCUGCUCAAGAAUUGCCAGCAACUGUUGGUGAUGACACCGGCAAUCCUCAAUACGGGCACAUUCACGAAUGUGGUGCGCAUGCUCAGCCUGAUGUGCGGUGCCUGCCCGGACUUGGCGGUUUCCCUGCUGCGCAACGAUAUUGCUGCCACGCUCCUCUAUCUGCUCACCGGCAAUGCUGAGCCAGCGGCAGCCAGUGCCAAUCAUGUGGAGCUUGUGACGCGUCCACCCCUCGAACUGCUCGAGUUGACGUGCUUGAUUGGUGAACUGAUGCCGCGUCUACCAUUGGAUGGCAUCUUUGCCGUCGAUGCACUUCUCGAUCGACCCACACUCAACACCCAGGAUCAGGUACAGUGGCAGUGGCGUGAUGAUCGCGGUGCCUGGCACAAUUACUCCACAAUUGAUUCGCGUCUCAUUGAGGCGGCGCAUCAGAGCAGCGAGGAUGAGAUCAGUUUGAGUACGCUGGGACGCACCUAUAUGGUUGAUUUUCAUGCCAUGCAACAGAUCAACGAAGACACGGGCACCACACGUCCGGUGCAACGCAAAUUGAAUCCAAAUUAUGUGGCACCGGCGGCAGCUGGACAGGAUUUGAGCACAACUGGUGCAGCCGCCUCCACAUCUGCAGCAGCAUUAAACAGCAGCAGCAGCAAUAAUAACAACAACAACAACAAUAACAACAGCAGCAGCAGCAACAACAGCGCAAAUCAGGUGAAGCGUCGUCCAUCGCUGGAUGCGCGCAUCGCUUGCUUGAAGGAGGAGCGCGGCUUGGCUGCCGAUUUCAUCAAGCACAUCUUCAAUGUACUCUACGAGGUGUACAGCUCGUCGGCCGGGCCCAAUGUGCGCUACAAGUGUUUGCGCGCUCUGCUGCGCAUGGUCUACUAUGCGACGCCAGAGCUGUUGCGUCAGGUGCUCAAAUAUCAGUUGGUCUCCAGCCAUAUUGCCGGCAUGUUGGGCAGCAAUGAUUUGCGCAUUGUUGUCGGCGCAUUGCAGAUGGCAGAGAUAUUGAUGCGUCAGCUGCCAGAUGUGUUUGGCACACAUUUCCGACGCGAAGGCGUCAUCUAUCAGUUCACCCAGCUGACCGAUCCCAGCAACCCGAUCUGCGCUAAUCCUUCACCCAAACCGGCGGCACUCGCAACGCCAACGGCAAAUGCGGGCGGUUCACAAAGUGCACCCGCCUCGGCGAAUAGUUUGCAAGUGAAUCCCUUUUUCAUGGACAAUGUUACGGCGCCGCCAACAUCAGCAUCUGGCGGCGGUGGCGGCUCGAGCAGCGCCAGUGCCACUCCCAGCAGCUCCAAGCAUCAAUCGUAUAGCGUGAAGAGUUUCUCGCAUGCGAUGAACGCGCUCACAGCUAGCGCCAAUGCUGUGGCCAAGCACCAGCAGACAGCAGCAGGAACAGGAGCAUCUGCGUCGGCUCCUCUGGAUGCUGGCUACAGCUACAGCAGCUCGGCGCCCUGCUCCUCGACAGCCCCGACGACGACGGCGGCAGCUGGAGGAGCGCCACCAACUGCUUACUUUGUGGCUGCCACAUCAAGCGCUGAUCCGCGCCAGUAUCUGAAUUUCCAGCAGCCAGCGGCGCCGUUAGCUGCAGCCCAAUUGGAAUUGCUGCCCACCGGAGGAGCAGCAGGCGUAGCAACAGCAGUCGGCAACCAACAACAGCAGCAGCAGCAACAGUUGCCGUCAUCACAGGUGCUCUAUCAACAGCAGCAACAACUGCAACAGCAGCUGAAUCACAUGAAUGUGGCAGUCGCCUCCACCAGUGCAGCAGCAGCCAGCAACAAUAGCAAUAACAGCAGCAGCAACAACUCCUCCUCCUCAGCCUUGCAGCACAAGAUGACGGACAUGCUGAAGCGCAAGGCGCCGCCCAAACGCAAAUCGCAGAGCAGCGGACGCGCCAAGUCCAGACAGGAUGAUGCCGCAGUAGCGGCUGCAGCAGCAAGUUCGGCCAGCUCUGCAAUGCAUGAGCUGCUCAGCCGUGCCACCAGUCUUGGCAGCGGCGCAGGUGGUCGCAACACGCCCAGCUCUGGCUCUGGUUCGAGCAACUCCAAGUCACGCUUCAGCGCUGGCAAUGCGGGCAGCAGUUCAACCAAAACCUCAUUUCUGUCCUCGCUUAAUCCGGCACGCUGGGGUCGCCAGACAUCGAAUCAUCAUCACCAGCAACAACAGCAACAGCAGCAACAAUCCUCAUCGCAUCAUGGCCUGUCUAAGGAUGGCAACACCAACAGCAGCAGCUCAACAACUGGCGCCUGCAGCUCGGCCAGCGGUGGUUUGGCCUAUUCAGCGGGUUCGGGAUCACAGCAUGGUGGUGCUGCGGGCAUGAAUGCCGCCGCUGUAGCGGCCAGCAUCAGUAAGAGCAUCUCGCAUGCCAAUCUGAUGGCGGCGGCGAAUCGCGAGCGUGCUCGUCAAUGGGUGCGCGAACAGGCCAUCGAUUUCGUCAAGCGGUACACGGAGCAGGAGAUGCGACGCAAUAAGGCGCGCGAAAGUGAAGGCGGCAACGGUGCAUCUGGGGCUAGUGGUGCAGGUGGCGUCGGUGGUGGUGUGGGUGGUGGUGCAGCUGCGUCAACAGCAAUCACAUCGCUGGCCAGCACAAGUGUGCUGGAGCGUCUGUCGAGCAUAUUGCUCAAGCUGAACGGCAGCUAUCACGACUGUUUGGAUGCGCUGCUCGAGCUGAAGACCAUUCUGCUCGAAAGCGACAUCUCACCGUUCGAAGUUAACCAUUCGGGUCUGAUCAAGGCCAUGCUCAACUACAUGACCAGCGAAUCGGGUUUGGUGGAGCGCGAUGCGCGUCUUCGCAGCUUUUUACACGUCUUUGCCGGUCUGCCGCUGGAGCCGCUGCUGCAGAAUGUCGGCCAGCUGCCCAGCAUGGAACCACUGGCAUUUGGUGCGUUUGUGGCCAAGCUAAAUGGCUGCGUUACGCAGCUGGAACAGUUUCCGGUGAAGGUGCACGACUUCCAAGCCGGACCCGGUGGUCGCACCAAUCAGAGUGCUUUGCGUUUCUUCAAUACGCAUCAGUUGAAGUGCAAUUUACAGCGUCAUCCGCAGUGCAGCAAUCUGCGCCAGUGGAAGGGCGGCACCGUCAAGAUCGAUCCGCUGGCGAUGGUGCAGGCGAUCGAGCGUUAUUUGGUGGUGCGUGGCUAUGGCGGCAUACGUGCCGAUUCCGAUGAUGACAGCGAGGAGGAUAUGGAUGAUAAUGUCGCUGCUGUCGUCAUGACCCAGUCGAGUUUCAAGCACAAGCUGCAGUUCCUCAUCGGGGAGCAUGUGCUGCCCUACAACAUGACCGUCUAUCAGGCCGUGAAACAGUUCUCGCCGCUGGUCAACGAGCACAACGAGACGGACAAUGAGUCCGAGAUGCUGCUGGGCAACAGCAGCAUUUGGGUGCAACAGCACACCAUCUAUUAUCGUCCUGUGGAGGAGGAGAAUGUGGCAUCCACUGCCAAUAGCUCGUGCAGCAGCAGCAGUCAGACAUACAAGUACCAGCAACAGCAUCAACAUCAGCACCAGCAACAGUCAAAUAGCAAUGCAACGUCCAGUUCUUCGCAUGUGGCAACCUCAUCGUGCUCAUCCUCAUCAUCGGCAGCCACUUCGAGUGGUGGUGGUGGUGGUAAAAAGUCGCACAAAUCGAGCAGCAAAUUCAUGCGCAAGAAGACCGAAUUAUGGCACGAGGGCAUUGCACCACUGGUGCAGUCACCGCUGAAGACAUUCCUCAGCAGCAGCCUGCCCGGCGAUGUGGUGACCGUUCAGGAUGCUUCACUCGAUGCUCUCUGCAUGCUGCGCGUCAUUUACGCCCUCAAUCGCCACUGGGAGCAUCUCUAUGGGUGCGUUGUGCGUCAGAAUAUCAUUGCCAAUUCGGAGUUUGUGCAUCCGAAGAUAACGGCCAAGGCCAAUAGGCAACUGCAGGAUCCGUUGGUCAUUAUGACUGGCAAUCUGCCGCAAUGGCUGCCCCAAAUUGGCAUGGCCUGUCCCUUCCUCUUCCCCUUCGAGACACGCCACUUGCUGUUCUAUGCGACAAGCUUUGAUCGCGAUCGUGCCCUGCAGCGUCUGCUGGACACCACCCCGGAUCUGAAUGCAGCCGAAUCGUCGGAGCGUGUCGCUCCGCGUCUCGAUCGGCGUAAACGCGCCAUUUCACGUGCCGAGCUGCUCAAGCAGGCGGAGCACAUACUCCAGGACUUUGGCAACUCUAAGGCACUGCUAGAAAUUCAAUAUGAGAAUGAGGUGGGCACUGGGCUGGGACCCACGCUGGAGUUCUAUGCUCUGGUCUCCGCUGAGCUGCAGCGCACGGAUUUGGGUCUGUGGAAUGGCAGCGAUAGCUAUCGCCACAAUUCGUCCAAUAUUGUGGAUGUGGUCAAGUCCAGCAGCGCUGUGCUGCAUAUUGAGGAUGCACUGGAGUCGUCGGACACAACAGCAGCAGCAGCAACGGUGACAGCCUCUGUGGUUAGCAGCACCACUACUACGACAACCACACAGGCAACCACCACCCCACAUCUGACCCGCUCCAGCAAUCGCAGCAGCACACUGCGCAAUCAGCAGCAACAGCAGCAGUCGGAGCACAGCUCUUCGAGUGCUGGAACGAAUGAUAACGCUUUAAAUAUGAUCAUUGCACAGCAGUUUAGUGAUAUGGCUGCCACUGACAAUAAUGGUGGCACCACCAACAACUCCUCCUUCCCUCAAGCGCUGGACCAACAACAAACGGCAACAAUCACUACAACAACAACGACCACAACAGCAACAACAUUGCUAACAAGUUCAAGUGUUAGUUAUGUGCAUACAGCGCAUGGUUUAUUCCCGCUGCCGCUGGGCAAAUCCUCCAAGCUGCCACAAAUGACCAAGGCCAAGUCCAAGUUUAAGUUCCUGGGCAAAUUUAUGGCCAAGGCGGUGAUGGAUAGUCGCAUGCUGGAUUUGCCAUUCUCGCUGCCGUUCUAUCGCUGGCUGGUUAGCGAGGAGCACUCAAUUGGCCUGGCCGAUUUAAUGCGCGUUGCGCCCGAGGUACAAACAUCGUUGGUGCGUCUACAGGAUGUGGUGCGCCAGCGCGAGGAUAUACAGGCUGAUCCCAAUCAGGAUGCCAUGGAGAAGAAGGAAAAGAUGGAGCAACUGGAUUUGGAUGGCUGCGCCAUCGCCGAUUUAGGCCUGGACUUUGUGCUGCCCGGCCAUGCCAAUAUUGAGCUGUGUCGUGGUGGACGUGAUACGCCCGUUACCGUUCAAAAUUUGCAUCAGUACAUCUCGCUGGUGACCUACUGGUUCCUCGUCGAGGGCGUGCAGAAGCAGUUUGAGGCACUUCGCGAGGGCUUUGAUUCCAUAUUUCCGAUACAACGCUUGCGCAUGUUCUAUCCAGAGGAGUUGGAGUGCGUAUUUUGCGGCUCGGGCAGCGAACAGCAUCAAAGCUGGGAUCUCAAAAUGCUGCAGGACAGCUGCCGCACCGAUCACGGCUUCCACCAGGAAUCUCAGGCCAUACAAUAUCUGUACGAGAUCCUAGUCUCCUACAAUCGUGAUGAGCAGCGCGCUUUCCUACAGUUUGUAACCGGUUCGCCGCGUCUGCCAACGGGCGGCUUUAAGGCGUUAACCCCGCCGCUGACCAUUGUGCGCAAGACAUUGGAUGGGAAUCAGAAUCCCAAUGAUUAUCUACCAUCUGUGAUGACCUGUGUCAACUAUCUCAAGUUGCCGGACUACUCCAGUCGUGAUGUGAUGCGGCAGAAACUGAAAGUGGCUGCCAAUGAGGGCAGCAUGUCCUUCCAUCUGUCUUAAAACUUAAUCUUACACAAAGCAACACGAAAAUCCAAUAUACACGAAAUACACGUUAUUCAUUUAACACACACUACAA